AUGCUAGUAUUCCAGUUUGUAGAGAUGACGAUCCUACUCCUCUGCGUCGAAAUCAGUCUCGUUCUGAGGAUCGACGCAUUAUAUCAUCGCUCACAUAGAGUGCGAUGGGUGGUUGGAGUCUCUCUCCUCCUAACGACUGCGUCGUCGUUCAUUUUCACCUUCAUGCUAUACCCUACGCCCUUGCAAUUACCGCCUGGAGUACCGUUUAGAGGUUGCUUCAUUCCGGAUGAUAUCGCGAUCAAACUAACCUGGGUCCCGAUAUUGUUAUUCGAAACUUUGAUUUUCGGCCUCAAUACCGCCAAGUGUAUAUCAUAUGGUCGUCUAAAACACAUGCCUCUAGUCUAUCAACUGGUUCGCGACAAUAGUGCAUACUACCUCAUACUAUUGGUAUUUGUAUCCCUGAACACGAUCUUUCAAGCCAUAGGCACCCCAACUACGGCAGUAAUUUUCUCCAGCUGGCUCCCUGCCGUCCUGUCAUAUUCGGGAUGUCACCUCCUCCUCAGCAUUCGGAAGACGGUCGCGCUCAGGCAAAAAGUUGAUACCCCCACCUUUGUUGACGGCUUUGACCACGACGCUGUGCCGCACAUCAGCCUCGACCUCUAUUCCUUCACCGCCGAGAUCGACACCGAGCAUAUGCCCGCAACCCUCCUCGCCUCGCCGAUCUCACCCACCCCCGCGCGUGCGAUCCGCGUGAUGAGCGCAGACGGCGAGCGCCCCCGCUCGUCCGGCGGGCUCGGGCUCGGGCUCCCGCACGCCCUGGGCAUGCGCCGACCCGUGUCCGCCCCCGUCGAGAGUUCGCCGCCGCGCCUGUGGGCGGAGGAUGGCGGGCGGCGGGACGCUGCCCCGGCCCGCACGUUCGAGCGCGACGUAGGGACGACGAGGAGCUCGCUCAGGCGCGAGCUCCGCAGGACGCGGACGCGGCGGCCAAUCGGUGACUGGGACUUCUCGGUGGACUCGUACGGGGAGGAGGAUGAGGAUGGGGAUGUGGAGGAACAGGCGAACGACGUGUACGAGUAA